AUGCAAAAGAUUCUUGUUACCCUCAUCGCUUUGGCCGGUUUGUCAGCAGCGACCGCUUCGCCUCAUGCAGAGGAAUCGAAGGACUUCAAGAAGCGUGACACGUACAUUGAUCUGUUCAAAGAUUCUGGACCAGCUCCCGCACCAGACACUGGAUCAGAGAAGCGCGACACGUACAUUGAUCUGUUCAAAGAUUCUGGACCAGCUCCCGCGCCAGACACUGGAUCAGAGAAGCGCGACACGUACAUUGAUCUGUUCAAAGAUUCUGGACCAGCUCCCGCGCCAGACACUGGAUCAGAGAAGCGUGACACGUACAUUGAUCUGUUCAAGGAUUCUGGGCCAGCUCCCGCGCCAGACGCUGGAUCAGAGAAGCGUGAUACCUGA